AAAACAUUUCUUACAGACACUCUAAACCACCAAAAAGAAGUGACUAACAAUGAAAAAAAAGAAACAGCAACGCAGCGCAAAAGAAGGUUGGAAAAGGCUCGUGACAAAUAUGCAGCUAAGAAGCUUAACGAAGAUGUUCAAUCCAAACGAAGAAAAUUAGUGACAGAAAGGGAACGUUCUUCACAACGUCGUUUAAACGAAACCCCUUCAGAACGUAAAGUUCGCUUAGCAGCAAAUAGGUUGAAAAAUUCACAAUCUCGCUCAAUCGAGAUUUCUGAAGAACGUAAAGCUCGCCAAGAAAGAGAUCGGCAAAGAAAUUCUGAACGUCGAGCAAAUGAAUCCAAACAGAAACGUAAAGCUCGCCAAGAAAGAGAUCGGCAAAGAAAUUCUGAACGUCGAGCAAAUGAAUCCAAACAGAAACGUAAAGCUCGCUUGGCGAUUGAGCAGCAGCGGAGUUCUAAACGUCGAGCUGAAGAAUCUGAAGAACAACAUGAAACUCGCUUAGCGAUUGAGCAGCAGCGGAGUUCUAAACGUCGAGCUGAAGAAUCUGAAGAACAACAUGAAACUCGCUUAGCGAUUGAGCAGCAGCGGAGUUCUAAACGUCGAGCUGAAGAAUCUGAAGAGCAACAUAACACUCGCUUAGCGAUUGAACAGCAGCGGAGUUCUAAAUGUCGAGCUGAAGAAUCUAAAGAACAACACGAAGCUCGCCUGACGAUUCAACAGCAACGGAGUUCUAAAUGUCGAGCUGAAGAAUCUAAAGAACAACACGAAGCUCGCUUGGCGAUUCAACAGCAACGGAAUGGCAUGAUCGAAGACGUUCAUUUGUAUUUAAGAAAUUUGAGAGGUUCUGCAGCCUAUUGGAGAGGGGCUUUAAAUGAACUCGUAGCCCAGAUUAAAUGUCUGGGGCCACCAACUUACUUUGUCACCUUCAGCUGUAAUGAUUUGUAUUGGACUGACAUGAAAAAGGCGUUGUUGAUUGUCGACGAUCGCUCCGACGAAGAUCCAAAUGACUUGACAUUAUAUCGACACAGCGCCUUAUAG